AUGGGCACGCGUGGUGUGGUGCUCAGCGACACCACGCUCUUCAACCUGUCUGAGCUGGAGCGACUCGCCCUACACAACAUCGCACUCGCCAAGCUGCAGGCCAUGGACCUCGGCUGCGGCAUCGCCAUACCGAAAGUAGUUACGAACGCGCCGUCGCAGCGUUACCACGUCAGCGUCUGCGUCAGCUUCAAUGUGCACAUUACCGUCCCCGUCAGCGUCAGCGUCAAGGUGCGCAUUACCGUCCCCGUCAGCGUCAGGGUUCCCGUUAGCGUCAAGGUGCCCGUUAGCGUCAGCGUUAACGUCCCCGUCAACGUUAACGUCCCCGUCAGCGUCAGCAUCAAGGUGCCCGUUAGCGUCAACGUUAACGUCCCCGUCAGCGUCAGCAUCAAGGUGCCC